UUAUAUGAAAGAAAUACAAGUAUAGAUUAGGUGAAACCUGGCUCACAAACAGUAAUUGUGACAGGGAUCUUGGAGUCCUAGUGAACAAUCACUUAAACAUGUCCCAGCAGUAUGCAGCAGCAGCUAAAAAAGCUAAUACAAUCCUGGGUUGUAUAAUGGGCAUAGAACCAAAAUCACAUGGAGUAUUAGUACCACUUUAUAAAUCCUUAGUAAAACCAAUCCUUGAAUACUGCAACCAAUUUUGGUCAUGUUACAAAAAAAGAGGUUGAGACUUUGGAAAAAAUACAAAGAAGAGCAACUAAGACGAUUAAGGGCCUGGAGACAAAAAUAUAUGAAGAAAGGUUGCAGGAAUACCGUAAAGCCAGUCUAGAGAAAUGGAGGACUAGGGGUGACAUGAUAGCAGUAUUCCAGGUUAUUUGAGGGGCUGCCACAAAAAAGAGGGAAACAAUUUAUUUUGAAAAGCCCCAGAAGCCAAGGCAAUGGAUGGAAACUAAUCAAGGAGAGAAGCAACGCAGAACUAAGGAGAAACUUCCUAACUGUGAGGAAAAUUAACCAGUGGAACAGAAAUUGCGUCCAGAAAUUGUGGGUGCUUCAUCACUGGAGGUGAUCUUGGAGCCUUAGUGGACAACCAAUUAAAUAUGAGCCAGCAGUGUGCAGUGGUAGCCAAAAAAGCCAAUGCAAGCCUAAAUUGCAUUAACAGAGGGACACAAUCAAGAUCAAGUGAGGUACUAAUACUACUCUAUAAAGCCUUAAUCCUGCAUCCAGUUUUUGUCACCACACUUUUAAAAAGAUGUUGAGAUUCUAGAAAGAGUGCAGAGAAGGGCAACCAGGAUGAUUAGGGGAUUGGAGACUAAAACAUAUGAUGACCAGUUGCAGAAACUGAUCAAGGAGAGCUUCAACAUGGAAAUAAGGAGGAAUUUCCUGACUGUGGGAACAAUCAGUGGAACAAAAGUUGCCUUCGGACUUGUGGGAGCUUCAUCCCUGGAGGCUUUCAAGAACAGACUGGACUGCCAUCUGUCAGAAAUGGUGUAUGGUCUCCUGCUUGGGCAGGGGGUUGCACUAGAUGGCCUUCAAGGUCCCUUCCAGCUAUGUUAAACUGUAAUCUGAUGGUACCAUUUGAACAGCUCAGAACGUGCCCGUCGGUCGAGCGCGCAGGCCCCACCCCGCGGCUUCCGGGCUUGCCCGCCUUUCUCUGCGCCGUAGCGGCGAUGGCAACGACCGUCACCCGCCCCUGAGCUGGCGGGCUCUGCCGCGCGGGGGGAACGGCGAUCCGGACCGCUGGCUGAGCAGGGCCGAGCCUGCCGUCCCCGGCCGGCUCCCAGCAGCGAAGCGCCCGCCCGCCAGCCGAUGCCUGCCGGAGGAAUGGCGCCGGGGCCUGGCGGGGAGAGCGGCUGGUUCUGCUUGGGGUUCCGCUGGGCCGGCGGUGCGGUGGGCGGGCCGGAGCCGCUGUCCGCGGAGGGUCUCGGGCCGGUGCGCCGCGUGAGGCCGAGCUGGAGCUUCGCGGCGCUGGUGGCGGCCGGCGGGCCGGGGCGGGUGCGGCUGCAGGGCGCGGUGGCGGCGGCGCUGCCCAGGGACUGCCUGGACGCGCUGCCCUCCGAGACGCACGUGCUGCUGCUGCGGGAGGCCGCGCUGGAAGCCUGGCCCGUCGCCACGGCGCCGGACGCGCUGCUGGAAGGCCGGCCGGCCUGGCGGAGGGAGCUGCGGGCAGAGGAGGCGGCGGCGAUAGAGCUGCCACUGGUGCCCGGCGGCUACGUGGCCCCCCGGCCGCCCUUCUUCACAGCGCUGCCCGCCGGCCUCCGGGCGCGCCGCUUGCUGCUGGGCCUGGAGCACGCGCUGCUGCUGGCGGCCGGCGGGACGCUCUUUUCGUGGGGCGGCGGCAGGCACGGGCAGCUCGGCCACGGCGACCUGGAGAGCCGGUGGGAGCCGCGGCCGGUGGAGGCGCUGCAGGGCUUGGCCGUGGCGGAGGCGGCGGCGGGCGGCUGGCAUUCGGCGGCCGUCAGCGAUGCGGGCGACCUGUACUUGUGGGGCUGGAACGAGGCCGGACAGCUCGGGCUGCCUUCCAAAAAGGCCAGCGAGGCUGCAGUAGCAGCGGCCGCCGAGGAGACCGGUUCGACCCCGCGGAAUCGCCCCCUUGGCGAGCGCAGCGUCUCCCCGGGCGGCGACAGGCUGGUGGUGGGGGCUGCGGACGGGCCCGGAGGCGACGAAGCGCCCUUCGUCUCGGUGCAGCCCUUCCCCGCCCUGCUGGACUUGCCCGAGGAGGCCGAGGUGCGGAGGGUCAGCUGCGGGUCCCGACACACCGCCGCCGUGACGGGCGCUGGCCAUCUCUACACCUGGGGCUGGGGGAAAUAUGGCCAGUUGGGGCACCAGGAUGCAGCCACCUCUGACUGGCCCAGGAGAGUUUGCUACUUUGUGGAGAGGAAUCUCAGGGUGCAGGACGUGGUCUGUGGGCCAUGGACCACGUUUGUCCAAGCUGCGGCUGCUGAGAGUGGGCCUUGAAGAAGCCAUGUCCAACAGGUGUUUCUCUGGAGGCAGAGCAGCCUCAUGGAGCUCUAUCUUGAUUCAACAUCCCAUGAAUGAGAAUUGGGGGAGGGGCAGUGGCCACCUUAGGUUUCCUCUGAGAUGAGCAGCACAGAUGUUUCUUAAGGCAGCACAGCCAUGUUUACAUAUCAGAAGCACAACAUUAAAUGCAGAAUAAAAUUAUAA